CGCUUGGAGCCGGUGGCGGGGUGUGUGCGAAAUUAUGGAUCUGUAACAACUGUUCAUGCACAGAGUUCAAUAGCGGGUUGGUUUCAGUUGAAGGAAAAACUUGGAAUACGAGUUUAGUGACGUCGGAUACGGAAAAAAUCGUGUCGGAAUCCUCCGGAACGUCUGCGGACGCGAAACGACGGGAAGCGUCAUUUCCCCCGCCAUUGUAGGGAGGAAAAACAGAUUGGCAUAACACAAGAAUGCUCGGAUAUUGUGUUGCCGCUGUUCUGAUAUUUGCAACAGGAAUGGGUAAACCAAGAUAUGGUGUCUCAAACAAUGAGUCAGUGAUGCGCUUCUGCUCAUUUGGUGGCUGCACCGGGUUCCACGUGGAGCUCCGCAUGCCUCGCUACGUGCGGUGGGGCGAGAUGGUGACCCUCAAGUGUGACUACAACGUCCCUCCCGACCUCCUGCACAAGGUCGAAUGGCUCCGUCAGGGCAGGAAGAUAUUCCAGUACAUCAACGGCAGGACGCCGCCCUAUCGCAACUAUUCCAUUGUUGGCGCUCAGCUCGAUUGGUCACACAGCGAUUCAAAGCAAAUAGUGCUGAGGAAUCUGGACUUCACUGCUUCAGGUGUCUACUCCUGUGAGGUGACCACCGAUCAUCCUAUCUACACGAAACCUUCUGAUGAUCAAGAGCUGACCAUAAUGCAGGGCCAACUGGAGGAUCCGAAUAUUACCUUCCAAAAGCCGGUGUACACGGUUGGAGAGAUUCUGGAAGUAAAUUGCACAUCUGGUAUCGCCAAACCCACUCCCGACGUGACCUGGCUUCUAAAUGGAAAACAGGUGGACGACAGCGCAAUCAGGACGUUCCCCGAGCAGCGACCGUCGCAGGUGACCGUGCAGCUGAGCUUCGAGGUGAAGGAGGAGCACAGGGAUCAGCUGGAGCUCACCUGUCUGGCCACCAUUCCCGGGUUCAUGGGCCACCACGCACGCCACUCGCAGUACGCCGAUCACCGGAUGGCCACUGUCUCAGUUGAAGUGAUAGAGGCGCAGAAGAUAGUCGAGACGAGCAUGCUUCCUCCAGUGUUAUCUUCUUCUGCUAGGUGCGAACUACAUUUCAUUUUGGCGGUCAUUCUACUCUUUGCUGUACAGUGCUGUUGGCGUUAUUGAACUAUUUAAGUACACGGAUUAAGUAGACUUCUCCAUUUUUUCCAGGACUUUAAUCUGGGAAUCUCCAACUCGAAAAACGGAUAACAUGGAAAUCGGAAAAUCAGUUUUCCACCGGCAAAACACCAUCAAUGUGAUCCGUAACAGUAGCCCACGUGUUACAGCUAAGGAGAGACAGCCGCAUUUUCGAUUUCAUAUUUUACAACUCAAUAUUCAAAUAGCUGAUUUCUUUUAUCAUGACUAAUACGAGAUGAAUUUAAAUAAUAUUAUCAAACGCUUCACAUAGUUGAAGCUACCGUACGUUGGAUCAAUCACAUUUACAAACGAUAUGUGUAUUUUUGUAAAUUUAAUUUUCUAAAUUUGAAUAAUUGAAUAUAUAUUUUUUGAAACGGUUUCCCAAUAAAUAUCUUGAUGUUUUUUAUAAUAAUAAGGUGGAACAUUAUAAAUGUGGCUUGAUGUGAUCAAAUUAUUAGCUUGAAUUGAUAAUUUGCGAGAAUGAUUAUUGAUGUAUAUCAAUUAUUGUAUUAUUGUUAGUGCUAUGAAUUUUCAAAUACAAUUUAAAUAGCGCUGAACUGUAACUGAUAACUUUAUUCGAAUUCAAUUUAUUCCAAUUAACACUCUCAAUAUAAGCAUCAGAUAAAUACGAUAAAAGAGCGAAUGGUGCUAAAUAGUACUGAUUUAUUAACUCACUAUUUUCCAAAAUUGUUUUAAUAUUUUUGACUCUAGUCAAUUAUAAGAUCUUAUACCCUUUUUGGGUUUAAAAUGUAUUGAUUCCAUGUUUACUACAUCAGUCAUGAACACAAGCCAUAUUGAUUUGAUAAUUGUUGGACUUCACUUUGGAAGAGUGAAGAGAAAAUGUUUAAAAAUUUGACCAGCUUGUUUAACACUGACAAUAUAACUAGCAUUUCUUGAAUCCUCAGUUCCAACUAGAUUGAAUGGCCUACCCAUGAUGUUAGUUUAGAUAGGUUGAAAAUGACUUUUGCAACAAAGUGUAAAGUGUUCCCUGUUAGUCAACAACUAUCAUUGAUUGUUUUAAAUUGGGAUUUGAUGAAAUAGUGACGGUUUUUAGAGAAUUUGUGUUAAUAAAGAAAGCAGUUAUCUCUUGAAGCUAAUUCUGCCUUGUAAAUAGUUUCAUGAAUGCAAGAUAAGAUUGAGAGAGAAUGAAUAGGUAAGGAAACGAUAAAUAUGUUGAAAGCACUAGUUUUCCUCUUGAAAUAACGUUUAAAAACUAGUUUUAAAUUGAAUAUUUGGAAAAGAGUCCGCAUCAGGGUCGAAAUUUAGAGAAUUCUAUAAGAAGAGUUUCCCCCUAUACAAAAAAGUGAAGGAUUUUUCUUAAUGAACACUUUUUUGUGGUCAGAUUGUCACUGGACGUGAAAGCAGUGAAUACACCAUUUCUAAUGUAAUUAUAACUACUGAUGACCACAUUAGUAUAUGUUGAAAAAUUAAUUGUAACAUUUAUGUUAUUACUGGAAUAGAUUGUUGAUUGUCAAGAAUACAGAAGAAAGUUAUGUCAAAUCAUUGAAGAUAUAUGGGUGAAACUAUAUGAAUAUUCUUAUCUCAUUUCUUUCGAAGACAUUGAUAUUGACUAGUGAUACAUCAACUUUGAAAUAAUUCUUGUGAAAAAUUUUCAAAUAUCUUGUGCUCUGUUUUCUCAGCGUUUGAUAGUGAAUGUUCAGUAAAUCUUGUGAAUAAUCUGCUUAUAGCUUCUUUAAACACGAUUUUUCAGAAAAUACUAAAAUUUGCAGUCAAAGUUUCAGCGAUCUCAUAAAUUAGACUAAUAUUAGCGUGAAUGGGGAGGCGAAUGUUGAGCGAAUGUAAAUGUAUUUUGGUAUAAAUUGCCUUUGAUUGGUUUAAUUGUUGAAUAAAUAUAGUAAUAUAAAGCGCAUUGGAGUGAUCCAUUAGCUAUGGGUUGGUGUAAAAAAGCAACCGAUGUAUAUAUAGAUCAAUUGUAUGUUUGAUUGUAUCGAGGGAGUAAACUGAUUUGAGGUAAUUGAACAUUUUAAGAGGGCUUUAGAUGAUUGAUUGGAUGUUUUUCGGAAAUAAUCUAGAUAAUUUUUAGUCGCAGAGCAUAGUUUUUGGAAGAGAACAAUGACUCAAAUAUCUAUGUCUUCCGCUAGUGUUGGUGAUUAUCAAUCACCCUCUGGCAACAUUAUAACAAACUCAGACUCAAUCAACUUUGUGUCUAGUAACUAGUUAGCGAGUUAGCGACUAAGUGUCUGUAGUUUGAAACAAUAAUUGAAAUUUCAAAAAAAAAAUUGAUAGCGG